GUGACAGCCUCUAGAGUAUAAAUACAAACCAUAUUUCUAUUCCACAUACACACACCCAUCUAUAAACCCUACGUCCCCAUGGCUCUCCCACCAAACUCAACCCUAACAGGCAAACAAUGCCCUUCUUUUUAAAAGCCCUCUAUCUCCACAUCCAAACCCACUUCCGCGGCCGAGUGAACACCUCUCUAGACCUCCUCCGACUCCUCGAAGCCGCCCUCCUAGCUGUAACCCACGGCCAAGGAACAUUUACUCUCUACGAGAAAAAUGACCUAACAAAACCACACCCAACCCUCGCGGAUAGCGACGUGAUCGUCGACCUCACAUACGGGAGUCUGUCGCGGUGUCCGACGGCGUCGAAUGGACAGGGUUGGAUGUGCGAUGAUGGAGAGGAGUUGGUCGAGUUGGCUGAUUAUUAUCUCUUCGAGGAGUUGUGCAAUGUGCAGGAUAAGGUGAGGAAUGGGAAUCGAAAGCCCUUGACAUCGCCGGCGGUGAUGGUUAAUGAUUAUCGGGGUGGGGAUUUUCCUUUUUUAAAUCGAAACGUCGCUUUGGCUUUCCCUUUGGAUAUUGGGAAUCUAGCUGACUUGUGUGUCUUGUGUAGACAUUUGGUUGGCGGGGAGGUCGGUGUAUAGUAAGCUGUAAAGUGAGGACAGUCCCAGAUUAGAACUUCGUGUUGUACAGAGGGUCAAUGUGUGCUCAGCUGGACUGAGCUAGAAAGGGAAUAUGGAU